CACACACACACAACGCAGAAUGUUUCAUGCGCACCGGGCUCCAAAAUACAGCCGAGAAACAGAAACACAGACACUAACAUCUGGACACACACACACACACACACAAUGAGAGCGCGUCGGAACAUCUGAGGACACAUCAGUCUGCGCGCGCGUCACAGAAAUAAGAAUGGAGUUCCCGGACCAUAGCCGGCAGUUGCUGCAGUGCCUGAGUCAGCAGAGGCAUCAAGGUUUCCUCUGUGACUGCACCGUCCUCGUCGGACAGACUCGAUUCAGAGCGCACCGGGCCGUUCUGGCCUCCUGCAGUAUGUACUUCCACCUCUUCUACAGGGAUCAGCUGGACAAAAGGGACGUUGUGCUUCUGAACAGUGACAUUGUGACGGCCCCAGCUUUCGGCUUGCUUCUUGAAUUUAUGUAUGAGGGCAAACUGGAAUUCAGCUCGCUGCCUGUCGAGGACAUCUUGGCCGCCGCCAGCUACCUGCACAUGUACGACAUUGUGAAAGUGUGCAAAGGAAAGUUAAAGGACAAGGACCUGAGCUUCCUGGAUGAGAAGAUCAGAGACGGGAUGGUCACGAGCUGUUUGGAUAAGGAAAACUGUGCAGAAGCAUGCCGGCAUGCGCCACAGGCCCCCAAGAGAGCCGCCACGGCAGACCGUGACAUGGACAACUGCGACAUGAGCCCUGCUGUCACGGAUCAUGAUAGGCCCGUGCCGGCAGCGCAGAAGGCGAACGGUCACCCUGCCGGGUCACCGGACCUUGUAGGUGUCAAUUAUGUGUCAGCAGAGGACGACCCUUGUGUCCGAACAGCUGGAAAAACAAAAGCUGAUGUCAGGAGUUCAGCCACCGGUGUGUCCCAGAGGACGGCGGAUGACAUGGACUGCGCUCUGGAUUUGUCUUUUAAGCCUCUGUCGAGCAGAGAUGCCUUCCACCCCUCCUUCGUCUCGGGACAGCUGGCCCUCGACAGCCAGCAGCAGGCCACGGAGCCACUUGUUAAAGACGAACACGACUUUCUGUCAGAGCAGGAGGACGGCGAGCCCGUGAGCCCCGUGAGCCGGCGCUUUGGGAAUAGCGCCAGGAACUCAGUGGUGACAGGGUUCGCUGCCCUCUUCCCCGGCAACAACGGCCCGACCGUGGACGACGACCUGAUGGAGGGGGAGGGGCCGGGGGGAGGCCGGUUGCUCGGAGACAGCGAGGGGGACGACGAAGAUGAUCUGGCAUCCUCGGACAUCUCCACGUCCAGCGGCAUGCUGUUAUCCGGCGGCCAGCAAGUCUGCGUGUGUCCGCUCUGCAGCAAAGUCUUCCCGAGCCCGCACGUGUUGCAGUUGCACCUCAGCUCACACUUCCGAGAGAAAGACGGGGUGCGUUCCAAACUCUCGCCCGACGGAUCGGUGCCGACGUGCUCGCAGUGCGGCAAGACGUUCUCCUGCAUGUACACGCUCAAGCGGCACGAGCGCACGCACUCCGGCGAGAAGCCCUACACGUGCGGCCAAUGCGGAAAGAGCUUCCAGUACUCGCACAACUUGAGUCGGCACGCCGUCGUGCACACGCGUGAGAAGCCGCACGCGUGCAAGUGGUGCGAACGACGCUUCACGCAGUCUGGGGAUCUGUACCGCCACAUCCGAAAGUUUCACUGCGGCCUCGUCAAAACCCUCGCCAUUGGAUAGCCGCGGUGUCACCAAACUCGUCGCGAUGAAGUAUUUAUCACGUUCUUUGAUAGAAAAGCAAGUAAUACAAAUAUCAAAUAUUUAGCGGUUGGCUGAACGUUUGUUUUGCAAUGCACAGAUUUCAGACGCACUUAUAAUGCAAUGGAUUAAACUGGCAAGGAAGCGCCUUUAAAACAGUUCCUCAAACCGUCCAGAAGAUUUGAUGUUCAACUAUAGUGUAAAAGUCAUUUCAAUUUGACCUCCUUCAUUCACAGAGACACUCAAAGUCUGUCUGUCCUCAAUUGAACUGUUCUGGAUGUAUAGAGAGGUAGAUGUUAUUAUGGGAAUGCAAUGGUGAUAUUUAUAUAUAUAUGUAUGUAUAUAUUAUGUGGAUCUACUGAAGGGUUUUGCCAACAUAUAAGUGACAUUGCCUUUGAAAGCUACUGUCCGAUGUGUCAGUUGUAAUUAAGUUUCUUAAUUCGUAAAUGAAGGACUGGUUAAGUGCAUACUACUGUCUGAAGUACACUAAUCCUAGCGGUUCCCGCGUCCGCUAAUAGCAACUGGUUUCUCUGGAACAUGUCUCCGUUUUCCUUCUUUCAGUGAACGGAGAACAUGGAUGCAUUUGAGCCUCUGAGACUGUCUCGAAGUGGUCAUUAUUUCACGUGUUCGGUCGAUUGUAGAUGAAGAAAUGUCACACUAGCACUGAGAGAAAUCCACGUCACGCGCCCGUGUGUUUGUCCGUCCUGAGAACACUUGAGUAGUUAUUUAUUAGUUGUUUUUUGGUUCAGGGUUUACUGUAGACUUGAGAUUUAAAGUAGAGGAAAUGUCUGUGCUAAUAUUGGGAUAAUUGAUUAAUCUCUGUACUGUGUGUGCCGAUCUGGACGUGUGGAGAAGCCAUCGGGAAUGAAGUUUGACUUCACUGAUGCUAACAAGCACUUCCUUUGUAGUUUCUAGAGAACACUGAUAUACUGUAGGCUGCUAUUUCUAACUGUGUAUUUAUAUUAAAUAUGUAUUUAAUUUAUAAGAUUAUCGUCACGUGUUCGUCAGGGCUACCGAUCUCGUUAAAGCUGCGAUGCUUCCCUUUGAUGUCGGAGUAACAAUGAUUGUUGCGACGAUACUGUAACGGAUAAACCCGUGAUUGACACCGUGACGUCAGAGCUAUAGCUUCAGGAACUGUCCUAAACUACCGAAUCAUAUUUGAAGAUUUAUGCAUUUAUGCAUUUUCAAUUUCAUCAACGAAUCUUUAGUCAAAUUAAUUAAACCCGACAUUUAAAAAAAUAUAUAUAUUUUAUGUUUUAUUCAUUUAAUUUUGUGAAAUGCAACACAAUUUGAAAAUAGUUGACAAAUGGGCUCAAACAUUAUUAUUUUUUUGGUCCGUGCAUGUAAAAAGCAAGUAUAUGCAUCGAUUAUCUGCGUUCGACGACGCGAUUGGCUGCUUCGCGCCACGUGACUGCAUGUUGCACAUUUGUGUCAGAUAUUCUCAUGUCAGUUUUAACACUGGAAAUAAAUACCUGACAUUAUUUCACCUGCUGGUAAUUUAGACGAAUUGUGUGAUUGCAGAUGAACAAACGCAGAUGCAAUGUUUGGGAUUUUCCUCGUUUAUUUACAUGCUCAUACAGCAGGUCACGUGCUGUUAUAAUCGCAUGAUAUUUAUCAUGACGGCUCUUUUCGUUCUUACCCAUCUGUAAAAGCCAAUCCAUGCAAUAAUGAACACAGGACCGGAUAAUUACUCGUGCGCCUCUUUGAUGGUGACGUACAGGAUGCAUCGGGCUCCUUUGUCAUUCUGUAAAACUGUUUAUGAAAUCUGUCUAAAGUUUCAAACUGUGAAGAUGUAUAAUCAGAAGUCAUAUUUAUUGAUUUGUUUCUACUAGACUUUGUAGAAGUGCCAUUAGAUGUAAUAUCAUGUUUUGAUAUAUAUAAAAACAAAUGCUUGAUUGUUAGUGGAUGUAGAAGACAAUCGGUUUGAUUUGAACUUGCUUGUUUGGUAACUUAUUUUGAUUUUCUGGCAUUUGUUUGUUUGUUUUCUGGGCACGUUUGAACACUUUGUGCCCUUGUGUGUGUGUGUGUCUGUGUGUGUGUACAUGUGACAAUCUUUUAUCUUUAUUUAGAUUAAGCAUAGAUUAAACAACCUUUUCUGUGGCUUUACUGUGUUUUAAUUAAGUCCAAUUAUUAAUA